AGUAGUGCAGAACUAUUUUUUCUAACAAUUGCUUUCGAUCCUAUUGUUCAUUUAUAAUGAAGAAUAAAAAUUGAAUUUUCCUUAAAAAAUUUUGAAAAUUAAAAAUAAUAAAAAUAAUAUCUGACAUCGACAUAAUAGAAAAGGAUUAAAACAAUUGACAAUUAAAAAUAAUUAUUAUAACAAACGAUACAUAAGUUAAAUGAAUUCUUCAAGUUGUUUCGAAUUCAUUUAAAAAUGCCCUAAUCAACGUUUAUUACUCUAAUAUCAUUAUCGUCCUAAUACACGAUAACACUUACUAUGUCUAUAAAAGAUGCUCAUACUUCAUGAUUAGGCAGUUCCCUGAUUUUCUAACAAUCAGUACUCUGCCAUCAUGAUGCUCGGAACAAAAGCAGUCACUUACUGUUGCAUCAUUCUUUUCUGCGCAACUGGUUCUAUGGCAAACAAAAGUUGGAUAAGCUCUAAAUUAAUUAGAGACCAUAGCAGAGAACAAGAAUGUCCACCAGAAGGAGAAUCAGGAAUAUUAAUAACGUUCCCGCACGAAACGAUAUGCAACAAGUUUUAUGCGUGCAUAUACGGAAUGAAAUUUAUAUCGAAUUGUCCUAAAUAUUUAAGAUAUAACAUUAUAACCGGUCUUUGUGACUUACCGUUAGGAACUGGAUGUCCCACACCGACAAUACUACCAACAUCCACUACACUAAAAGUAAGCGAGUCACCCUCAACUGCUAUCUCGUCUAGUACGGUCUCAAGUUCAGUUUCAUCGACUACAACUAAAAAAGAAACAACUACUUCAGAAGAAAGUACAGUGGAGAUUACUGAGUCUACCUCUGUUGCUACCUCGCCUAGCACGGUCUCGAGUAAUGUAUCAACAUCAAAAACUCAAGAGGAAACGACUACUCCGGAAGUAAGUACAGUAGAGAUUACAGUAUCUACCUCUGCUGCUACUACGCUUGGCAUGGCCUCGAGUAGCGUAUCAAUAUCAACAACUGAAGAGGAGACGACUUCUUCAGAAGUAAGCACAGUAGAGAUUACAGAGUCUACCUCUGCUGCAACCUCGCCUAGCACGGCCUCGAGUACUAUAUCAACAUCAACAACUGACGAGGAGUUGACUACUUCAGAAGUAAGCACAGUGGAGAUUAAUGAGUCAAGCUCUGCUGUUACCUCGCCUAGCACGGCCUCGAGUACUAUAUCAACAUCAACAACUGAAGAGGAGUCCACUACUUUAGAAGUAAGCACAGUGGAGAUUACUGAGUCUACCUCUGCUGAUACCUGGCCUAGCACGGCCUCGAGUACUAUAUCAACAUCAACAACUGUAGAGGAAACGACUACUCCGGAAGUAAGUACAGUAGAGAUUACUGAGCCUACAUCUGCUCCUACUUCGCCCAGCACGGCCUCUAGUAGUAUAUCAACAUCAACCACUGAAAAGGAACCGACUACUCCGGAAGUAAGUACAGUAGAGAUUACUGAGCCUACAUCUGCUCCUACUUCGCCCAGCACGGCCUCGAAUACUAUAUCAACAUCAACCACUGAAAAGAAACCGACUACUCCGGAAGUAAGUACAGUAGAGAUUACUGAGCCUACAUCUGCUCCUACUUCGCCCAGCACGGCCUCGAGUAGUAUAUCAGCAUCAACAACUGAAGAGGAAACGACUACUCAGGAAGUGAGCACAGUGGAGAUUACAGUGUCUACCUCUGCUGCUACUACGCCUGGCAUGGCCUCGAGUAGCGUAUCAAUAUCAACAACUGAAGAGGAGACGACUUCUUCAGAAGUAAGCACAGUAGAGAUUACAGAGUCUACCUCUGCUGCAACCUCGCCUAGCACGGCCUCGAGUACUAUAUCAACAUCAACAACUGACGAGGAGUUGACUACUUCAGAAGUAAGCACAGUGGAGAUUAAUGAGUCAAGCUCUGCUGUUACCUCGCCUAGCACGGCCUCGAGUACUAUAUCAACAUCAACAACUGAAGAGGAGUCCACUACUUUAGAAGUAAGCACAGUGGAGAUUACUGAGUCUACCUCUGCUGAUACCUGGCCUAGCACGGCCACGAGUACUAUAUCAACAUCAACAACUGUAGAGGAAACGACUACUCCGGAAGUAACUACAGUAGAGAUUACUGAGCCUACAUCUGCUCCUACUUCGCCCAGCACGGCCUCUAGUAGUAUAUCAACAUCAACAGUUGACGAGGAAACGACUACUUCAGAAGUAAGUACAGUGGAGAUUAACGAGUCAAGCUCUGCUGAUACCUCGCCUAGCACGGCCUCGAGUAGCGUAUCAAUAUCAACAACUGAAGAGGAGACGACUUCUUCAGAAGUAAGUACAGUAGAGAUUACAGAGUCUACCUCUGCUGCUACCUCGCCUAGCACGGCCUCUAGUAGUAUAUCAACAUCAACAACUGAAGAGGAAACGACUACUCAGGAAGUAAGCACAGUGGAGAUUAAUGAGUCAAGCUCUGCUGAUACCUCGCCUAGCACGGCCUCGAGUACUAUCUCUACAUCAACAACUGUAGAGGAAACGACUACUUCAGAAGUAAGCACAGUGGAGAUUAAUGCGUCAAGCUCUGCUGUUACCUCGCCUAGCACGGCCUCGAGUACUAUAUCAACAUCAACAACUGAAGAGGAAACAACUACUUCAGAAGUAAGUACAGUGGAGAUUAACGAGUCAAGCUCUGCUGAUACCUCGCCUAGCACGGCCUCGAGUAGCGUAUCAAUAUCAACAACUGAAGAGGAAACGACUACUCCGGAAGUAAGCACAGUGGAGAUUAAUGAGCCUACAUCUGCUCCUACUUCGCCCAGCACGGCCUCUAGUAGUAUAUCAACAUCAACCACUGAAAAGGAACCGACUACUCCGGAAGUAAGUACAGUAGAGAUUACUGAGCCUACAUCUGCUCCUACUUCGCCCAGCACGGCCUCGAAUACUAUAUCAACAUCAACCACUGAAAAGAAACCGACUACUCCGGAAGUAAGUACAGUAGAGAUUACUGAGCCUACAUCUGCUCCUACUUCGCCCAGCACGGCCUCGAGUAGUAUAUCAGCAUCAACAACUGAAGAGGAAACGACUACUCAGGAAGUGAGCACAGUGGAGAUUACAGUGUCUACCUCUGCUGCUACUACGCCUGGCAUGGCCUCGAGUAGCGUAUCAAUAUCAACAACUGAAGAGGAGACGACUUCUUCAGAAGUAAGCACAGUAGAGAUUACAGAGUCUACCUCUGCUGCAACCUCGCCUAGCACGGCCUCGAGUACUAUAUCAACAUCAACAACUGACGAGGAGUUGACUACUUCAGAAGUAAGCACAGUGGAGAUUAAUGAGUCAAGCUCUGCUGUUACCUCGCCUAGCACGGCCUCGAGUACUAUAUCAACAUCAACAACUGAAGAGGAGUCCACUACUUUAGAAGUAAGCACAGUGGAGAUUACUGAGUCUACCUCUGCUGAUACCUGGCCUAGCACGGCCACGAGUACUAUAUCAACAUCAACAACUGUAGAGGAAACGACUACUCCGGAAGUAACUACAGUAGAGAUUACUGAGCCUACAUCUGCUCCUACUUCGCCCAGCACGGCCUCUAGUAGUAUAUCAACAUCAACAGUUGACGAGGAAACGACUACUUCAGAAGUAAGUACAGUGGAGAUUAACGAGUCAAGCUCUGCUGAUACCUCGCCUAGCACGGCCUCGAGUAGCGUAUCAAUAUCAACAACUGAAGAGGAGACGACUUCUUCAGAAGUAAGUACAGUAGAGAUUACAGAGUCUACCUCUGCUGCUACCUCGCCUAGCACGGCCUCUAGUAGUAUAUCAACAUCAACAACUGAAGAGGAAACGACUACUCAGGAAGUAAGCACAGUGGAGAUUAAUGAGUCAAGCUCUGCUGAUACCUCGCCUAGCACGGCCUCGAGUACUAUCUCUACAUCAACAACUGUAGAGGAAACGACUACUUCAGAAGUAAGCACAGUGGAGAUUAAUGCGUCAAGCUCUGCUGUUACCUCGCCUAGCACGGCCUCGAGUACUAUAUCAACAUCAACAACUGAAGAGGAAACAACUACUUCAGAAGUAAGUACAGUGGAGAUUAACGAGUCAAGCUCUGCUGAUACCUCGCCUAGCACGGCCUCGAGUAGCGUAUCAAUAUCAACAACUGAAGAGGAAACGACUACUCCGGAAGUAAGCACAGUGGAGAUUAAUGAGUCAAGCUCUGCUGAUACCUCGCCUAGCACGGCAUCGAGUACUAUAUCAACAUCAACAACUGAAGAGGAAACGACUACUUCAGAAGUAAGCACAGUGGAGAUUAACGAGUCAAGCUCUGCUGAUACCUCGCCUAGCACGGCCUCGAGUACUAUAUCAACAUCAACAACUGUAGAGGAAACGACUACUCCGGAAGUAAGUACAGUAGAGAUUACUGAGCCUACAUCUGCUCCUACUUCGCCCAGCACGGCCUCUAGUAGUAUAUCAACAUCAACAACUGAAGAGGAAACGACUACUCCGGAAGUAAGUACAGUCGAGAUUACUGAGUCAACCUCUGCUGCUACCUCGCCUAGCACGGCCUCGAGUACUAUAUCAACAUCAACAACUGUAGAGGAAACGACUACUCCGGAAGUAAGUACAGUAGAGAUUACUGAGCCUACAUCUGCUCCUACUUCGCCCAGCACGGCCUUGAGUAGUAUAUCAGCAUCAACAACUGAAGAGGAAACGACUACGCAGGAAGUGAGCACAGUGGAGAUUACAGUGUCUACCUCUGCUGCUACUACGCCUGGCACGGCCUCGAGUAGCGUAUCAAUAUCAACAACUGAAGAGGAGACGACUUCUUCAGAAGUAAGUACAGUAGAGAUUACAGAGUCUACCUCCGCUGCUACCUCGCCUAGCACGGCCUCUAGUAGUAUAUCAACAUCAACAACUGAAGAGGAAACGACUACUCCGGAAGUAAGUACAGUCGAGAUUAAUGAGUCAAGCUCUGCUGUUACCUCGCCUAGCACGGCCUCGAGUACUAUAUCAACAUCAACAACUGAAGAGGAGUCCACUACUUUAGAAGUAAGCACAGUGGAGAUUACUGAGUCUACCUCUGCUGAUACCUGGCCUAGCACGGCCACGAGUACUAUAUCAACAUCAACAACUGUAGAGGAAACGACUACUCCGGAAGUAACUACAGUAGAGAUUACUGAGCCUACAUCUGCUCCUACUUCGCCCAGCACGGCCUCUAGUAGUAUAUCAACAUCAACAGUUGACGAGGAAACGACUACUUCAGAAGUAAGUACAGUGGAGAUUAACGAGUCAAGCUCUGCUGAUACCUCGCCUAGCACGGCCUCGAGUAGCGUAUCAAUAUCAACAACUGAAGAGGAGACGACUUCUUCAGAAGUAAGUACAGUAGAGAUUACAGAGUCUACCUCUGCUGCUACCUCGCCUAGCACGGCCUCUAGUAGUAUAUCAACAUCAACAACUGAAGAGGAAACGACUACUCAGGAAGUAAGCACAGUGGAGAUUAAUGAGUCAAGCUCUGCUGAUACCUCGCCUAGCACGGCCUCGAGUACUAUCUCUACAUCAACAACUGUAGAGGAAACGACUACUUCAGAAGUAAGCACAGUGGAGAUUAAUGCGUCAAGCUCUGCUGUUACCUCGCCUAGCACGGCCUCGAGUACUAUAUCAACAUCAACAACUGAAGAGGAAACAACUACUUCAGAAGUAAGUACAGUGGAGAUUAACGAGUCAAGCUCUGCUGCUACCUCGCCUAGAACGGCCUCGAGUACUAUAUCAACCUCAACAACUGAAAAGGAAACGACUACUCCGGAAGUAAGUACAGUGGAGAUUACUGAGUCUACCUCUGCUGCUACCUCGCCUAGCACGGCCUCUAGUAGUAUAUCAACAUCAACCACUGAAAAGGAACCGACUACUCCGGAAGUAAGUACAGUAGAGAUUACUGAGUCAACCUCUGCUGCUACCUCGCCUAGCACGGCCUCGAGUACUAUAUCAACCACAACAACUGAAAAGGAAACGACUACUCCGGAAGUAACUACAGUCGAGAUUACUGAGCAAACCUCUGCUGCUACUUUGCCUAGCACGGCCUCGAGUACUAUAUCAACAUCAACAACUGAAGAGGAAACGACUACUUCAGAAGUAAGCACAGUGGAGAUUAACGAGUCAAGCUCUGCUGCUACCUCGCCUAGCACGGCCUCGAGUACUAUAUCAACCUCAACAACUGAAAAGGAAACGACUACUCCGGAAGUAAGUACAGUGGAGAUUACUGAGUCUACCUCUGCUGCUACCUCGCCUAGCACGGCCUCUAGUAGUAUAUCAACAUCAACAACUGAAGAGGAAACGACUACUCCGGAAGUAAGUACAGUCGAGAUUACUGAGUCAACCUCUGCUGCUACUUUGCCUAGCACGGCCUCGAGUACUAUAUCAACAUCAACAACUGAAGAGGAAACGACUACUUCAGAAGUAAGCACAGUGGAGAUUAACGAGUCAAGCUCUGCUGCUACCUCGCCUAGCACGGCCUCGAGUACUAUAUCAACCUCAACAACUGAAAAGGAAACGACUACUCCGGAAGUAAGUACAGUGGAGAUUACUGAGUCUACCUCUGCUGCUACCUCGCCUAGCACGGCCUCUAGUAGUAUAUCAACAUCAACAACUGAAGAGGAAACGACUACUCCGGAAGUAAGUACAGUCGAGAUUACUGAGUCAACCUCUGCUGCUACCUCGCCUAGCACGGCCUCGAGUACUAUAUCAACCACAACAACUGAAAAGGAAACGACUACUCCGGAAGUAACUACAGUCGAGAUUACUGAGCAAACCUCUGCUGCUACUUUGCCUAGCACGGCCUCGAGUACUAUAUCAACAUCAACAACUGAAGAGGAAACGACUACUUCAGAAGUAAGCACAGUGGAGAUUAACGAGUCAAGCUCUGCUGCUACCUCGCCUAGCACGGCCUCGAGUACUAUAUCAACCUCAACAACUGAAAAGGAAACGACUACUCCGGAAGUAAGUACAGUCGAGAUUACUGAGUCUACCUCUGCUGCUACUUUGCCUAGCACGGCCUCGAGUACUAUAUCAACAUCAACAACUGAAGAGGAAACGACUACUUCAGAAGUAAGCACAGUGGAGAUUAACGAGUCAAGCUCUGCUGCUACCUCGCCUAGCACGGCCUCUAGUAGUAUAUCAACAUCAACAACUGAAGAGGAAACGACUACUCCGGAAGUAAGUACAGUCGAGAUUACUGAGUCAACCUCUGCUGCUACCUCGCCUAGCACGGCCUCUAGUAGUAUAUCAACAUUAACAACUGAAGAGGAAACAACUACUCCGGAAGUAAGUACAGUCGAGAUUACUGAGUCAACCUCUGCUGCUACCUCGCCUAGCACGGCCUCGAGUACUAUAUCAACCACAACAACUGAAAAGGAAACGACUACUCCGGAAGUAACUACAGUCGAGAUUGCUGAGCAAACCUCUGCUGCUACUUUGCCUAGCACGGCCUCGAGUACUAUAUCAACAUCAACAACUGAAGAGGAAACGACUACUUCAGAAGUAAGCACAGUGGAGAUUAACGAGUCAAGCUCUGAUGCUACCUCGCCUAGCACGGCCUCGAGUACUAUAUCAACCUUAACAACUGAAAAGGAAACGACUACUCCGGAAGUAAGUACAGUGGAGAUUACUGAGUCUACCUCUGCUGCUACCUCGCCUAGCACGGCCUCUAGUAGUAUAUCAACAUCAACAACUGAAGAGGAAACGACUACUCCGGAAGUAAGUACAGUCGAGAUUACAGAGUCCACCUAUGCUGCUACCUCGCCUAGCACGGCCUCUAGUACUACAUCAACAUCAACAACUGAAGAGGAGUCCACUACUUUAGAAGUAAGUACAGUGGAGAUUACUGAGUCUACCUCUGCUGCUACCUCGCCUAGCACGGCCUCUAGUAGUAUAUCAACAUCAACAACUGAAGAGGAAACGACUACUCCGGAAGUAAGUACAGUCGAGAUUACUGAGUCAACCUCUGCUGCUACCUCGCCUAGCACGGCCUCGAGUACUAUAUCUACAUCAACAACUGUAGAGGAAACGACUACUUCAGAAGUAAGCACAGUGGAGAUUAAUGCGUCAAGCUCUGCUGUUACCUCGCCUAGCACGGCCUCGAGUACUAUAUCAACAUCAACAACUGAAGAGGAAACGACUACUCCGGAAGUAACUACAGUCGAGAUUACUGAGCAAACCUCUGCUGCUACUUUGCCUAGCACGGCCUCGAGUACUAUAUCAACAUCAACAACUGAAGAGGAAACGACUACUUCAGAAGUAAGCACAGUGGAGAUUAACGAGUCAAGCUCUGCUGCUACCUCGCCUAGCACGGCCUCGAGUACUAUAUCAACCACAACAACUGAAAAGGAAACGACUACUCCGGAAGUAACUACAGUCGAGAUUACUGAGCAAACCUCUGCUGCUACUUUGCCUAGCACGGCCUCGAGUACUAUAUCAACAUCAACAACUGAAGAGGAAACGACUACUCCGGAAGUAAGUACAGUCGAGAUUACUGAGUCAACCUCUGCUGCUACCUCGCCUAGCACGGCCUCGAGUACUAUAUCAACCACAACAACUGAAAAGGAAACGACUACUCCGGAAGUAACUACAGUCGAGAUUACUGAGCAAACCUCUGCUGCUACUUUGCCUAGCACGGCCUCGAGUACUAUAUCAACAUCAACAACUGAAGAGGAAACGACUACUUCAGAAGUAAGCACAGUGGAGAUUAACGAGUCAAGCUCUGCUGCUACCUCGCCUAGCACGGCCUCGAGUACUAUAUCAACCUCAACAACUGAAAAGGAAACGACUACUCCGGAAGUAAGUACAGUGGAGAUUACUGAGUCUACCUCUGCUGCUACCUCGCCUAGCACGGCCUCUAGUAGUAUAUCAACAUCAACAACUGAAGAGGAAACGACUACUCCGGAAGUAAGUACAGUCGAGAUUACUGAGUCAACCUCUGCUGCUACCUCGCCUAGCACGGCCUCGAGUACUAUAUCAACCACAACAACUGAAAAGGAAACGACUACUCCGGAAGUAACUACAGUCGAGAUUACUGAGCAAACCUCUGCUGCUACUUUGCCUAGCACGGCCUCGAGUACUAUAUCAACAUCAACAACUGAAGAGGAAACGACUACUUCAGAAGUAAGCACAGUGGAGAUUAACGAGUCAAGCUCUGCUGCUACCUCGCCUAGCACGGCCUCGAGUACUAUAUCAACCUCAACAACUGAAAAGGAAACGACUACUCCGGAAGUAAGUACAGUGGAGAUUACUGAGUCUACCUCUGCUGCUACCUCGCCUAGCACGGCCUCUAGUAGUAUAUCAACAUCAACAACUGAAGAGGAAACGACUACUCCGGAAGUAAGUACAGUCGAGAUUACUGAGUCAACCUCUGCUGCUACCUCGCCUAGCACGGCCUCGAGUACUAUAUCAACCACAACAACUGAAAAGGAAACGACUACUCCGGAAGUAACUACAGUCGAGAUUACUGAGCAAACCUCUGCUGCUACUUUGCCUAGCACGGCCUCGAGUACUAUAUCAACAUCAACAACUGAAGAGGAAACGACUACUUCAGAAGUAAGCACAGUGGAGAUUAACGAGUCAAGCUCUGCUGCUACCUCGCCUAGCACGGCCUCGAGUACUAUAUCAACCUCAACAACUGAAAAGGAAACGACUACUCCGGAAGUAAGUACAGUGGAGAUUACUGAGUCUACCUCUGCUGCUACCUCGCCUAGCACGGCCUCUAGUAGUAUAUCAACAUCAACAACUGAAGAGGAAACGACUACUCCGGAAGUAAGUACAGUCGAGAUUACAGAGUCCACCUAUGCUGCUACCUCGCCUAGCACGGCCUCUAGUACUAUAUCAACAUCAACAACUGAAGAGGAGUCCACUACUUUAGAAUUAAGUACAGUGGAGAUUACUGAGUCUACCUCUGCUGCUACCUCGCCUAGCACGGCCUCUAGUAGUAUAUCAACAUCAACAACUGAAGAGGAAACGACUACUCCGGAAGUAAGUACAGUCGAGAUUACAGAGUCCACCUAUGCUGCUACCUCGCCUAGCACGGCCUCUAGUACUACAUCAACAUCAACAACUGAAGAGGAGUCCACUACUUUAGAAGUAAGUACAGUGGAGAUUACUGAGUCUACCUCUGCUGCUACCUCGCCUAGCACGGCCUCUAGUAGUAUAUCAACAUCAACAACUGAAGAGGAAACGACUACUCCGGAAGUAAGUACAGUCGAGAUUACUGAGUCAACCUCUGCUGCUACCUCGCCUAGCACGGCCUCGAGUACUAUAUCAACCACAACAACUGAAAAGGAAACGACUACUCCGGAACUAACUACAGUCGAGAUUACUGAGCAAACCUCUGCUGCUACUUUGCCUAGCACGGCCUCGAGUACUAUAUCAACAUCAACAACUGAAGAGGAAACUACUACUUCAGAAGUAAGCACAGUGGAGAUUAACGAGUCAAGCUCUGCUGCUACCUCGCCUAGCACGGCCUCGAGUACUAUAUCAACCUCAACAACUGAAAAGGAAACGACUACUCCGGAAGUAAGUACAGUGGAGAUUACUGAGUCUACCUCUGCUGCUACCUCGCCUAGCACGGCCUCUAGUAGUAUAUCAACAUCAACAACUGAAGAGGAAACGACUACUCCGGAAGUAAGUACAGUCGAGAUUACAGAGUCCACCUAUGCUGCUACCUCGCCUAGCACGGCCUCUAGUACUAUAUCAACAUCAACAACUGAAGAGGAGUCCACUACUUUAGAAGUAAGCACAGUGGAGAUUACAGAGUCCACCUAUGCUGCUACUUCGCCUAGCACGGCCUCUAGUAGUAUAUCAACAUCAACAACUGACGAGGAAACGACUACUUCAGUAGUAAGCACAGUGGAGAUUACAGAGUCCACCUCUGCUGCUACCUCGCCUAGCACGGUCUUGAGUAGUGUAUUAACCUCAACGACUGAAGAGCAGUCUUCUACUUCGGAAGUAGGUUCAACGGAGGUUACUGACUCAACUGUAAUAAAUGUUAGCGGAUCUUCGUCAUUAGGCACAUCACCUGAGGCAGAUGAAAGUACAGUUUCGCCAAAUAGUAGCAUUGGCACGACAUUAUCAGCUUCUACUGAGAAGACUACGCCAUUAUUUCCUGAGAGUACGACAGGUGGAACUAGUGGAGAGUACCCAUCUUGUGCGAAUAUUAAUACAAGUGAACCAGUUUAUUUUCCUCAUCCUAAAGUUUGUUCAAAGUUCUAUGAAUGCUGUAAUGGUGUGUUAACUCUCAAAAAGUGCCCUAAUGGAUUGCACUUUAAUCCUUCUACUCGGGCUUGUGGUUACCCUCAAAAUGCAGGGUGCUUAAAAGAAACGACUAUAGCUACAGAACCUACAUCUGUAGUAACACCAGCAACACCAGUGUCUUCAGAAAAGACAUCAGUAUCAACAACUCCGACGUCUCGUCCAACAACUUCUAAAAUAACUUCUGUUGCACCUUCUAAAUGUCCUGCAACUAACGGAGAAUAUGCUGUGCAUAUUUCACAUGAAAGUAAUUGUUCUCUAUUUUACACAUGUGAUCAUGGCAGAAAAAUAUUACAAAGAUGCCCACCGGGAUUACGUUUUAACCCUUUUAAGCAAGUUUGUGAUUGGCCUCGAAAUGUAAAAUGCAUUGUUUUAUCUCGUUUCUAGAAAAACAUGAUAUUUAUCGAAUGACUAAUUUAAAUUAAAUUCAACUUAAGGAUAAGGAUGCAUAUAAAAUUUAACCAUGUUCUUGUAUAUUAAUAAAAUUUCGAUGCGAUCAUAACUUUUAUAUCUAGUAAAAUAUUUGCUAUCAUUUAAUUGUAAUGUAAUAAGUAUUUAAAAUGUUUUUUUACGUAUCAUAUAUACUGAGGCUGGCGCAUCAGUACAUUUAAUACAUAAUGCAUGUGUUUGAAGAUUAGAAACGGUGCUUCUCAUCAGCCUUGCGCGUGGUUUUUACGGCUGCUACUCUAAAAGUAACCCACGCCUCGAUAAGGGUGGGAUUCAUUCUUUUGGAAGUAGAAUAGCACGGCUUGAUUACCAUUGAACGCAACAUAAUAUUAUUGUAUUGCUUCAAAUGUUGUGUGCUCACUGAAUGUCCUUCAAGUUAUCAUUGUUAAUUUCUAUAAAACGUGUUUUUCAAAAGUUU